AAGGUAAACACAAAAAAAACAAACACAAAGUAGGCAAAGAUAAAGAAAGCAAAGAUGAAAAUAAUGAAAAUAAAGAAGAUAAAAAUAAAGAAGAUAAAGAUAAAGAAGACAAAGAUAAAGAAAGUAAAGAUGAAGAUGAUGAAGAUAAAUAA